AUGGCUCUCAUGCUAGCAGGUUGCAGCUAUCCUCUACAGUUUGCAGCUUUAUUGGAUGAAUCCACUGAUCAGAAACUUUCUAUGGCGGCGGAUUGGAUGGAGAAAAUUUGGUGUGUGAGGACAAUAGGGCCAACCCUUCCAUCCAUGUAUCUGGAUAAGCGGAUGGAAGACGAUACAGACCAUGAUAUCAAUCUCUUCAAGCCAAAGGCUGCUAUGUGCAUUAACUGGCUUAAUGAAAAGCCAAGAGGCUCUUUUUAUGUAGCAUUUGGUAGCAUGGCAGAAGUUGAUGCCGAGCAAAUGGAAGAAGUGGCUUGGGGAUUGAAGGAGAGCAUGUUUUACUUCUUGUGGGUUGUGAGGGCAUCUGAAGAAGCCAAGCUCCCGGAAAAGUUCACAGAUGAUGUAUCCGAAAGAGGUCUAAUUGUGACAUGGAGCCAACAGCUAGAGGUGUUAGCUCAUGAAUCAGUAGGGUGCUUUGUUACACACAGUGGUUUAAUCUACUAA